UCAUGCCCGCGCGCUAAAGCAAGAAUCCGUUGAUCUUAAUUAAUAUAUUUUCUCUCCAUUUUUGAAUAUCAAUUUAAUUUUUUUUCUUUUAAAAAAAAUCUCCCUACUCUCUUGCCAGAGGAAGAGAGAGAAUACAUUUAAAAAAAAGGUUGUGGAGAGAGAGAGGCAAUGAAAAUAAUCAGAGGGAUCAUUAUUCACUCACUAUCUCCACAAGUUCCAAUCUCCGCAAUUCCUCUCCUUCCUUUUUUUUCCUUUCUCUCCGUAUCCACUCUCAUUCUUUGCUUGGUUUCCAAUUCUUUUUUUUUAAAAAGAUCUAUAUCCUUUUUGAUCUAACACAUACAUACAUACACAUAAUAUCAAUAUCUCAAUCCUCGAUUACCGAGCACACCACUUAAGCAAAGCACCACCAACUCCAUUCCAUUUUGCUGCUAUUAGGUAUUGGAUUACAGGAGCAGAAAGUUAGAAUCCGAGGCAAAUUCGUACGUGAUCUACCUGGUGUAAUAUAACUCCAAAGGGAGGUGGAAAGGUUAUUGAUUGGGAGAGCUCCGUUUGAACGCAACAGUAUAUGUGUAAAGAUUGAAAAAGAGAGAGGGAAGAGUUGGGUACUUUUUGGGGAGGCUACAUUUUUUUGCCUUUUUUUUUUUUGUUGGGGGGGGCGGCGCGCGCAGGCGGGGGUUGUUCUUGUUGGGUUUGAUAAAGGGUUGGCUUUAUAGCAUGCGAGUUGGUUUUGACAAAGGAGGGAGCGUCAAAGGGAAAGAGAGAGAGAGAGAGAGAGAGAGAGAGAGAGAGAGAGAGAGAGAGAGAGGAAAGGAGAGGGGACAUAGUAAGUGAGCGAGUGAAUAAAAAAUGCAAGAAAUGAAGAAGAAAAACGAUGGUGGCAAUGCAGAUUCCAAGAAGAAGGAAAGACAUAUAGUUACCUGGACUCAACAGGAGGAUGAUAUUCUCCGCCAGCAAAUAAGCUUACAUGGAACUGAAAAUUGGGCGAUCAUUGCAUCUAAAUUCAAGGACAAAACAACAAGACAGUGUAGAAGAAGAUGGUACACAUAUUUGAAUUCUGAUUUCAAGAAGGGCGGAUGGUCGCCAGAGGAAGACAUGCUUUUGUGUGAGGCCCAGAAAAUAUUUGGUAACAGAUGGACAGAAAUAGCAAAAGUUGUUUCUGGCAGAACGGAUAAUGCUGUGAAGAAUCGGUUCUCUACUCUAUGUAAAAAGAGAGCUAAAUAUGAGGCUUUAGCGAAAGAGAAUAAAAAUACGUAUAUCAACUCCAACGACAAAAGAAUCCUAUUCCAUAUUGGGUUUAAUGAAGAUGGAACACCAGCAAAUACAGCACCGGCUAAAAAGAUGAGGAGGUCGCACAUCCCUGAUCAUUCAGAACAUUGCAAAUUGGCAGAUAGAUCACACCUGAAAUGUGGAAAUCAGCAGCCUAGGCCUCCAUUUGCAGUGUUGGCUCAAAAUUUCCACAAUGUUAAAGUGGAUGACCAGCAUCAUGCCAUCAAUGCCAAGGAGGUCUCCAUUCAUGCAUCUCAAAACAGUAAGAUUCAAGGAACAUUUCUCAGAAAGGAUGAUCCAAAGAUAACUGCUCUGAUGCAACAAGCACAGCUUCUCAGUUCACUUGCAUUGAAAGUUGAUACAGAGAAUACAGACAAGAGUCUGGAAAAUGCAUGGAAGGUCCUUCAAGAUUUUCUCAGUCAGAAAGAAAAUGAUACCCUCAGAUAUAGAUUUGCUGACACUGAUUUUCAACCCAAAGACUUUAAAGACUUGAUAGAGGAUUUAAGGAGUAGUAAUGAUGGAAGUCGACCAUCUUGGAGGCAAUCUGAUCUAUAUGAGGAGUCUCCAGCCAGCUCUGAAUACAGUACAGGAUCAACUCUAAUACCUUAUACAGCUGCUGAUAAAACAGAGCAAACUCAGGCUGAGAUUGGUGCACUGCAAGAGGACAUUCCAAAUGAAUUACAUUCAGUUCAUAGUAAAGAGCAAAGUAAUGUGGAUGAGUGUGAGAAAGAAAUUAUUUCCUGUGCAAACAUAACUCGAGGGGAGAUAUUUCCAUCUCUUGAUGAGCAAGCAAACAAAGAUUUAGCUGUUUCUGCCUCAUUAAGUGCAGAGUUCAGCUCACCCGUUCAAGUUACCCCACUUUUCAGAUCCUUAGCAGCAGGGAUUCCCAGCCCAAAAUUUUCAGAAAGUGAAAGGAACUUCCUACUAAAAACUCUUGGAGUGGAGUCUCCUUGUCCCAAUCCAAGCACCAAUCCUUCUCAACCACCGCCUUGCAGAAGAGCCCUCUUACAAAGUCUAUAACAAACCUCUCUGAACCAUCUCACAUACAGAAAAAGGUCCAGCCCUUUAUUUGUUGAGUUCUUCUUGUUUUUCUUCUUCUUCUUCUUCUUCUUCUUCUUCUUCUUCUUUUUUAAGAUCAGUUUCCUAGGAUUGCAGCCAUCAUGGCCCAAAGUUUUAUUAGGAGGCAUAAUAUUUCUGCAUUCGAAGACUCCUUGUGUAGAAUGCAACGGUGCAUUCUAGCAUCUCAGACACAUCUAACAACGUGAUCUGAGUUCAUUUUUCUUUUCCCUUACUAGAAGAGUUAGGCCCUAAUACUCACAUUUAAAACCAGUGUGCUUGUUAAUGUGUGUCAUUCUUUUGUUUUUCUUGAUUUGGUUUCGGGUGUUUCAUCUUCCGAUCCAGUUUUUGGCCUUUGAUUCAUCAUCUGUACAGAACCUAAGUGUAAUUAUAAAUUGGCAACUCGCCUAUAUAUAAUUAAAGAAACAGAGGAAAAAAGAAAAGAUUGAUUAACCAGCUGAUUGGAUUCCUUUUUGUUGUUUUUGAGCGUGCAUAGGAUAUAGAAUAAGUUUCUACUACCCUUUUCCUUUUCAGAUUUCUAAUGUAAUAAAAGUUCAUGUGAUUGGAAUGAAAUGCGUUUUGGAUUUGGUGUG